AUGAGUUCUAAUCUUGGCAUUAAAAAGCCUUAGCAAACUCAGCAGCAUGAGUAAAAAAAAAAUUGUUUAAAAAGUCACUAAACAAUUAAAAUCUCAUCUAAGUUUUAAGGAAAUAAAGAGAAUAUUAACACUUAGGAUUGUCAAAAUUAAUUUGAUGAAUCGCCUGUCUUAAAAUCCAACAGAAGCUUGUAAUAAAAGAAAAAUGAUUUUAAUAAUUAUUACAUAAGCAAUAAAUCAUAAGGAGGCAAUAAAUUAGUUAAUUUUUAAGACACACAUAAUUAAUGUCAAGGAGAUAUAUUAAAGGAAUUAUAAUCAAGCUAAAAAGGAAUUUAAAGCAGUUCAAUUAAUUUAAAAAAUAAAAAUUCACAAUAAAACAACUUUUCUGUCUCUUAAUCUCUACUUAAUCUUGGUUCAUUAACAUCUCGCAAAAUAAACUAAGAAUAAGGGUUACCGAAUCAAACUAAUCAUGGAAAAGUCAAAUUUUAUAAUGCGUCAACUACAUCCUACCAAAAGAUACUAAGCUCACGUUGUCAAACAAAGUUAGGCAUAGAAUCACAGUCUCUAGGAAGUAGCGAAAUGAGACGCAUAUUAAGAAGUAGCUUCUAAAAGUAGCAAGAUACACUAUAAAAUAUAUCUAAAUAUAGCUGUUAAGAUUCUAAAAACUUGAAUAUUAGUUAAAACUAACUUAACGGAUCUUCUUUUGUAAGAAAUUCGUUGAAUAUUACAACCGAAGUUGGAGAAAGCACAGGUAGAACUAAUCGAGGAAUUCUCGAUUAAGAUUAAAUAAGCCAUAUUGCUUAUAAUAGUAAAUAAACUGCAUAAAACGAAUAAUUGCUCCAGAAUAACUUCAUUUCUACAGAGCCCUCUCCUGACAAAGAUUUUAAUAAUUAAAGUUCAGGAAAUUUCAAUUAAGAUCAAGAAAUUAAUAAGUUUUCUUAAAAUAUUUACAGUAUGAAUCAAAAAAAAUAAAAAAAUAGACAAUUCUUUCAAUAGCAGUUAGACUUAAAUUUAAAAAAGAUAGAUGAUGAAUAUGCUGAAAAAUAAAUUUUGAAUGUUGAUGAGCAUCUAACACUAGAAGAUUCUAAUGAAAAUAGACUCUACCCCUCUUCUCCUCUCUUGCCAAUUUCAGUAUCUAGAAUUUAUAAAAACUGCAGCUUAGAUUCUAGGAAAAUAACUCAAACAUCAUAAGAUUUCAGCAUUUCGAUCUAACAAACUUAAAUAUUUUAUGAUAUAAACAUGUUUGACUUCUUCAACGAUAAUUAAUUUGCAUUUAAGUAGAUUAUUUCUUACUUAGAUAUAAAAUCUUGCUUGAAUUUGUGUUGCACUCAUAAUUUUUUUCGCUCAAAAAGAUAGAGAAGGUUGAUUAAUAAAUAACUCAAAUUUUUAAUGAUUAAGGGAUUAUUGCCAAAAAAUAUGAGAGCUAAAUAUUGGGUACACAUUUCAAGAGCAAACGACUUUAAAAAAACUUUUACUCCAGAAAAUUACAGGACAUUGAGUGUUUGUGAGCCAAGAUGUGAGAGAGAAAUAGUUUAAGAUAUUGAUAGAACUUUUCCAAAUAUUAAAGAGUUUAAAACAAAAGAAAAGACUUUUAAAUUAUAAAAGGUUCUAAGAGCUCUUUCGUUCUGCUUACCAGAUAUGGAAUACUGUUAAGGCUUAAAUUAUGUUGUUGGAAGUCUUCUUCUUUAUGCAGAUGAGGAAGAAUCUUUUUACAUUUGUGUUUCAAUGCUAAAAAAUUAUGGAUUUAAAGACUGCUAUUUUGAAGAUCUGAAUGGUCUACAAUAAGCUGUUAAAAUAUUAGACAAUCUAAUAAAACUUUAUUUUCCUCAUGUUGCAGAUUUUUUGAACAAAAAAAAUAUACAAACUGGUCUAUUUGCUACUUCUUGGUUUAAUACCUUGUUUGCUUAUGAUUUUCCUAGAUAAUUUUUUAUCAGAGUCAUAGAUCUUUUCCUUUUCAGUGGAUGGAAAAUUCUUUUCCAAAUAUCCUUAGCUAUUAUACAGGAAGCUUAGUUUACAAUAUUUACAGCAGAUGAAGACGAUAUAGUUAACAUAAUUAAAAAGGGAUUAAGUAUGAAUUAAGAAUAAAUACUUUUAAACUCACAGAAUUACAAAAUCACAAACAGAAUGGUAGUAGAUUUGAGUAAAAUAUUAACUAAAAGCCCAUUUAUCAAGAAUCUGAAUUUAAGUUAUGACUUAAAAGCUAAAAAGAGAAGAUGGGAAUAUGAAAUCGAUGAUUCUAAAACAGGAGAAGAAUACUUAGUUAGAUAAGCUACUUUAUAAAGAUAAUAAAUGAAUUCCCUAAAAAAAUAAUAAUAAGAAAAAAAUAAAAAUUAAAAAAGUUUUUUAUCAACCAUAAUUGAUGCUCUUACUCCACAGUUUUGCUGUUCUUCUGAUUCAAAUGUCUAAGAUUAUGAGUAAGAAAUCAGCAUGAAAAAAAGAGACUUUAGAAAUUUUUCUACUUUUUCUAGCACAAACUUAAAUGGCUCCAGACAUUUUCUUCUGCCUUUAGAAGAUAAAUAAUCAAUUUUGGAAUAAUGGCAUGGUCAGUAAUAGUAUGAACCAGAUGUUAAUUUUGACCUUUAAAUGAUUGAAUAGCAAACAAAGCAAGACUUAAAUCUGAGAAAUUCUGUUAAAUCUCACCCUAAAAAAUUUAUCGAAACAAUUAAAAAAUCAUUUAUAGACUCUUGA